ACUUAUCUUUUUUUUUUUGGUGCAUUUUAUAUUAUUGUAGCCUAAAUUUUUGUAGAUGAGUUUUUAAAAAUAUAUAUAUUUUUUCCCCUUCCCUAAGAAACCAUGGAGGAAUGCAAACGUUUGCACACUUUAUGCUAACAUUUUGCUAGCGUCGGUUGCCAUGGGCGCUUGUUGCUAGGAACCCUGGCGCGCGCUUGGCUUAAAUGUCACUCAUAUGCCGCAGUCUUGUCUCGCGCGAGACUGAAGCAGGCAUUUCAGCUUCUCUUCUCUGGAGCUGAACUGACCGUCAUGGAAGACGGCAACCAUGAUGGAGCUGACGACACUGAUGAGCUGCUCUGUACCGAGGUGAUCAGUGAUUUCGGGGUCUGUCCACCUGCCCCUCCUCGAGACCACUGCGACUUGCUGCUGGAUGCCAUUGAUGCUCAGCUCAGUCGCCUACAGACUUGCAGUCAUGGCCAAUCAAAUGGAGGGAAUGGAAAGAAAGAAGAUAUUCUGGGUUCAGCGUCUCUUGACAGGAGUACGUCUGUAAGUAAAGACACCGGUCUCGGCACUGAUAAAGCGAGCUCCGCUCCUGACGGAUUGAAUUCAGAGCACGCAGAUCUGACCACAGUGGAGCCCAGCAGGAGUGGAACGGAGCUUGUUGGACUGCAGGAGGAUGAGCGUGAGGAGCAUGUAGGGCUGGGUACUACCACCUCCUGGCACACAGGGGGAGCUGGAGGAGUCGGGAGCUCCAAGAGAGAACAGUGUCUGUGGAGGCUGGAGCGACUGCUGGGAACUGGCACUGGGCAGGUAACAAGUAAGGAGGAGGGCGACGAGGACGAGAGCGUGCGCACUGAGGAUUUCAGCGCGAGGUUCCUGGAGGAAAUGCUGGACCCGACCAAGCCGAGCGCAGCCGGAUCUGCUCCAGACUUCAGCGCUCCAGAUUCUGCCAGUAUCAGCAGCGAUACCACACUCCUCACCGAACCGCAGGUCACAAGCAGCCAGAACGCAGACCCGAUCCCCAGCGUGCUUUCUUUUAAAUCUCCCAGCAGGCAACUCGCGGGUGUUCCACUGAAAAGUUUCGACUUGGUCGCUAUAGACAGCGAUCUGGACUCUGUGUGUACGGAGCGAGUACGACACCACCUCCAGAGUACUCUCACCGACAGGAUAGCACAGGAAGAGUUCUUACAGAAUGGAUCAUGUGACGGAAGAACCAGCGUGAAAACCAAGCAACGAGCCAAAAACCAAACAUUCAGCUCUGGAGACGAGGUGAACAGUGUGUGUGUGAGGCGUUACAGAGCGCUGAGAUCUCCAGUCAGCGUCCAGCGAAGAGAGAAAAGGAACCAAAGCAGGAGGAACACCAGCUCCAGCAGCUCUACAGCCUCAACAUCAAACAAAGGGAAGGCUGAUGACAAGAUCAGAUCAGAAUUCAGCUAUGUGGAAUUGUCACUUGCAGAACUUCAGCAGCAAAAAGUGGCAGCUGUACAGGUUGUGGAGAGAUUGAGGAAGGAGGUUGAGCAGGCUGAGAAAGAGCAACACACAUUGCAUCUUAGUGUGACUCACACCAGGACACACACUCAGCUCCUCAGGAGCGAGCUGCACAAACUCCAAGCUCAGAGGGACUUGUACAUUCAGGAGGUCAGGGCUCUGCAGGAGAGCCAGGCUGCCCUGCAGAGACACAUAACCACUGUCCACCAUGACGCCAGCCCUCAUAGGCAUGUGAAUCACGGUUGUGUAUCAGCGCUGGAGAGGCAGGAGAUGGAUCGGCUUUUGGACAACGCCAAAUCGGAGCUGUUCUCCGAGCAGCGUCGCUUCAGACACACGCUGGACUCCAUGCAAGAGAGAUUGGAGGAAGUGACCCAGGAGCUGGAGCAGAAACUGGAGGAGAACAGGAAGCUCCGAGAGAAGUGCUCCCAGCUGGAGGAGAAGCUGACCACGGUCACCAAAACGAGACAAGAGCUACAGGAAUCUGUACAGAGCGAACGAGUGGAGCAGGAGGACCGGCUCCGGGCUCUGGAGAAGAUCAUUGCACAGAAGGAGCUGCUUGUUCUGGAAACGCAGGAGGAGAAGAAUCGCCUGGAGAUGGAGAUCGGGGCUGCCAGGGAGGAGCACAGCGCUAAGCUAAAAGCAGCGCUGGGACACGCGCAGAAACAGAAGGAAGUGGAAGUGGAGCAGCUCAGGACUCAGAUGACUCUGACUCACACGGAAGAGUUACAGCGGGUCCGUAUUCAGGUGCAUGAGAUAAAAGAAGCUGCGCUCAGAGAGCAAGCCGUCACACACACACGCCAUACUGAGUCCUUACACAACCGCAUCCAGAUGAAAGAGGAAGAGGUGAACAGACUGCAGGAGUCUUUAAAGGAGCAGCAGGAGGAACUCAGGCGGAGAGAAGAGGAGCUGAGAGGAGAUACUCAAGAACAGGUGAGGAGGGCAGUGGCGCGAGAGCAGAGGAGGUGGGAGGAGCAGAGGGCGGAGUCUCUGCGAGAGCAGCAGGUCAGACUGGAGAAACAGAUGCAGGAGGUGGAGAGGAGAGGGAGAGCGGAGGGGGAGAGAGAAAAAAGGAGUGCGCUGGCUCUGCAGAAUAAAGUGCUGGAGCUGCAGAAGACCGUGGAGGAGUUGGACAGCACGGUGUUAAAGCAGACGGCUGUGAUCAGAGCUCUGCGAGACGAGCACCAGACAGAGUUAUAUAAAUUGCGCAGACAGCUGCAGCAGGAGGCUGAGAGCGAACGCGUGCGUCUGAAAGAGUGUGUGAGGCGGAGCGAGCAGGAGCUGCAGAGCGUGAGGGCAGAGCUGGCAGAGUGUGAGCAUCUCCAGCAGGGGGCGGCAGCGAGAAACGAACAGCAGAAGGCCAGCUGGGCUCAGGAUAUACACACUGAGUGUGUGUGUCUGCAGGAGCUGCUCACUCAGAACGGCUUCACCGUGGACAAUACACAUCUGUCACACAGUGUUACAGUGAGUGAGGCGGUGAAGGCGCUGCAGUCUCUCAGGAAGUCGCUCCAACACCUCAUCACCAGCCUGCAGGAUCACAUCACCUCCCUGACACACACCAAGCAACAGCUCAGUACUGAUAAAGAGGAGGAGCUGCGUGUGCUGAGGGAGCAGUUAACGUCUGAGAAGGAGAGAGCUGUAAAUGCAUUGAGGGAAAAACUUAUACAGGAGCACAUCGAGGAGCUGAGCAGUCUGAACAGGGUGCGUCUGCGUGACGAUGACGACGGUGAGGGCGUGGCUGCGCGUCUGCGCAGGCAGCUCCAGGCUAAAGACGAAGAGCUGCGUCAGGUGCAGAGGAACAUGGUGCAGUGGAAGGAGAAAACCACGGCACGGCUCGCACGCAAGUUCGAACAGGAGCUCACGUGUGAGCUGGAGAGGAAAGCCUGCAGACUGAAAUCAGAGCCGCGUCGGAGGCUGGAGCAGCUCGAGGGAGAGAUGAGACACCUGACUGCGAGCUCCAGUGAGAUCACGGCCAUCCCAGCAUCCUCUGCUUCCUCGGCUCACGUCCCAGACACUGCCAGCAGCCACGACCUGGACUCAUACAAAUUACUGCGCCACCUCCAGAGCCGCAUCCGGCAGCUGCAGGCUGACACACAGAGCCACACACACACCUACACACCCAGCGCUGCGCGUCUAAACCGGGAGCGGGGGAACACCGAGCUGGCUGGAUCCUACCUGGAGACAAUCGCUCCAGCGCUGGAGAGCCGUGUGACACGACAGCACCCUGAUUUGAAAACAGCCCUGAACCCUAACCUUUGACCACUGACUAUAUCCUUAUUUUAUUUAUUUUAUUAUUUUUUUGUGAAGCAUCAUGCUGAGACUAUUGCGAGUUUACACCUUUCAGCCUACUAAUAAGAGUCGACUCUUUCGACUCUCAGAGGCUUGUUGUCAUUUUUAUCUCAAAUAAUAAAAUAGUAAAGGAACUACAGAAAGGUACUACAUGUAAGGACCAUUACGAACGGCAUCGCCUGUAUGUCUACGGACAAAAGCGGCUCGUGCGUGCGAGUCGGCUCUCGGAGUUCACCGAAAAGAUCCGAUUCAAAGAGACGACUCCUUAGAGAACGACACCG